AUCCUCGCCCUCACUUCACUCAUCUUGGAAAACUAAAAAACCAAGCGCAUGAGACUCGCCACAGCUAAGCUGGAGACCUUCGACGAGAACGGAGAAUGCAAAGGCCCGCCCACCGUCAGUGCCGCCUACGGCCAGCCAGCCGGGUUUUAUGCCCGCCAAUCCUAAAUGUAUUUCAAUCUUCACCAACCUCUCCCUGGGCGGAAAUGACGCGUAUCGUCGUGCGCGAUUGGAGGAAGCUAAAAUUGCUUUACCGCAUGCGAGUAACUUGCUCUCUUUCGGGCUUCCGCUCUUGAUCCAUGUGAGAGACAGCCUACAGUGAUGAAAGCGACCAAAGCUGCGAAAGGCCUUCUGGCUUUGAGCCAGCAGGAAGAACUAAUGGAUUUGCCAACCAACUACUCCUUGAGUGCCAGUGAAGAUGAGGGGGACAGUGAUGGAGAAAGAAAGCAUCAAAAACUUCUGGAAGCAAUUGGUUCCCUUACUGGAAAAAAUAGGUGGAAAUUGCCUGAGAGAUCUGAGGCUAGUCUGAAAGUGUCCGAGUUUAAUGUUAGUUCUGAAGGCUCUGGAGAAAAAUUGGCCCUUUCAGAUCUGCUUGGGCCUGUUAAAUCCGCAUCUUCAUUGGCUACUGUAAAAAAGCAACUGAGUAGAGUCAAAUCAAAGAAGACCCUGGAACUACCCCUUAACAAAGGAGAGCUCGAACAGAUCCACAGAGAAGUGGCAUUCAGUAAAACUUCGCAAACCCUCUCCAAAUGGGAUUCUGUUGUUCAGAAGAACCGGGAAGCAGAGCAGCUGGUUUUUCCCCUGGAGAAGGAGCCGUCUUCCUUUGUUCCCAUUGAACAUGUGUUUAAUGACUGGAAGGCAAGAACCCCUCUGGAACAGGAAGUUUUUAACCUCCUCCAUAAAAACAAACAGCCAGUGACAGACCCUUUACUGACUCCUGUGGAAAAAGCCUCCCUCCGAGCCAUGAGCCUGGAAGAGGCUAAGAUUCGCCGAGCAGAGCUUCAGAGGGCCCGGGCUUUGCAGUCCUACUAUGAAGCCAGGGCUCGAAGAAUGAAGAAGAUCAAAAGUAAAAAAUACCACAAAAUUGUGAAGAAAGGAAAGGCCAAGAAAGCCAUCAAAGACUUUGAGCAGCUGAGGAAGGUCGAUCCAAAUGCUGCAUUGGAAGAACUGGAAAAAAUUGAGAAAGCCAGAAUGAUGGAGCGAAUGAGUCUUAAGCAUCAAAACAGUGGCAAAUGGGCCAAGUCGAAGGCAAUUAUGGCAAAGUAUGACCUGGAGGCCCGCCAAGCUAUGCAGGAACAAUUGGCUAAGAACAAGGAACUGACACAGAAGCUCCAAGUUGUUUCAGAGAGUGAGGAAGAGGGAGGCGCUGAAGAGGAGGAAGCCCGAGUUCCUGAUGUAGCCAAUGAAGUAAAGAUGAAUGCUCAUGGACCCAAUCCGUGGAUGCUCGGGCGUUGCAAUCGUGAUGUAAAAGAGGAUGAGAUCCAGGCAGACUCAGAAGAACUGCCUGAGCCUGUGGCCCAUGAGUUUUCUGAAAAUGAGGGAAAUGAAAAGCCAGUGGCAGAGGAAGAUGUUUUGUUGAAAGAAUUUGAGGAAAGGAGAUCCCUUAGGAAAAGAGCUAAGCUCAACCAGGAUGCUGAGCCAGUGGGUGGCCAAGAAACAAAAGAUUCUACCAGCAAGGAGGUAUUAUCUGAAUUGAGGGCAUUGUCUCAGAAACUCAGUAAGGAAAAUCAUCUAUCCAAGAAGCAAAAAGAGAGUUCAGCAAAGACUGUUCCCCUGGUCCAGGAAGAGGAACCUUCCCCAGAGGAAGAGGAGCCUCUAUUGCUGCAGAGGCCAGAGAGACUACAAACUCUGGAGGAACUAGAAGAGCUAGGUAAAGAGGACUGUCUUCCAAAUAAGGAACUCCCUAGAGCUGCAGUAGAAGGGGAGCAGAUGAGAAGGAACCCCCAAAAUCAGUUGAAGGGGAAGAAGAAGAAGGAGCAGAUGAUCAGUCUACAGAACCUCCUGACUACAAGAACUCCUUCUGUGACAUCAGUGGCGGUUCCCACAACAGUAGAGGAGCUGGAAGAUGAAGUGGAGAGAGACCAAAAGCAAAUGAUAAAGGAAGCUUUUGCCGGGGAUGAUGUCAUCAAGGAGUUCCUAAAAGAGAAGAGGGAAGCUAUCCAGGCCAAUAAGCCAAAGGACCUGGACCUGACCUUGCCUGGCUGGGGAGAGUGGGGCGGGAUGGACCUGAAGCCCAGCGCCAAGAAAAGACGCCGGUUUCUUAUUAAAGCCCCUGAAGGUCCUCCGAGAAAAGAUAAAAAUUUGCCCAAUGUGAUUAUAAAUGAGAAGCGCAAUGUCCACGCAGCAGCUCACCAGGUGCGGAUGCUUCCAUAUCCAUUCACCCACCAUCAUCAGUUUGAAAGGACCAUCCAGAAUCCUAUAGGGUCCACGUGGAACACCCAGAGAGCCUUCCAAAAGUUGACUGCUCCCAAGAUCAUCACCAAGGCAGGCCAUAUUAUCAAGCCCAUAAAAGCAGAGGAUGUGGGUUACCAAUCUUCCCCAAGGUCUGAUCUGUCUGUCAUGCAGAGCAAUCCAAAAGGACACGCCAAACAUAAAAAACAGCUGAAGAAAAGCUCUAUAGAUUGAAUUGUCAGAGGAAUGUCCUGACUAUUCCGCUGCUUGUCCUAUGCUGCAAAAUGAACUCCAAAACUGGCUUAAUACACUGUGUGUAGUUAAGACAUAUCUUGGAAAUAAAGAAAUUUUUACCUUUAUAA